CGUUGUCAAGCAAACUUUUCCGACUGGCUACAGCAGCAUUACCCAACUAGAUAGCUUGCAAAACAGUUGCAAAGGGUUAAAAUGUUGGAGGAACAUAUAUUUUUAAUUAACAGAUGCUACGAUUUUCUGCAAGUUUAAUCAAACCAGUUUGAAAACGUGACGCAUGAACAGAAACGCUAUGUUGUUUUUUUUAAAAUAGAUGGUGAGUUAAGAUAGGAGGCUGGUAAGAGAAGAUGGAUCUUGUUAGGCGCCCAAGAACGGCUCAUUCUUUUGUGACAGAGUUUGAGGAUUCUGGGCAAAUAAAUCCGAGUCCUGUGACUGCUAAGGACUCAGAUCUUCUGUUUGAUAUUUACCUCUCUCCUGCAAAGCUGAGAAACCUUUGUGGGUCUGAUGAUCUACAGCAGGUCACAAGCUUGGAGAUGUGUGUUGAUAUUCGGCAGACAAUCUUGGGGGAUUUUGGUGUUCAUUUGCCCAAUCUUGUGCAGCUGAAAAUGAACAACAGUUUGAUCUUAUCUGUGAGGGAUCUCGGAAUCACUCUGUCCCACCUGCAAGUGCUCUCCCUAGUUCGAUGUGGCCUAUCCGACUUGGAUGGUCUCCCUUCACUGUCCUCACUUAAGGAGCUGUAUGUGGCCUACAACAGUGUGUCAGACUUGAGCCAGGUGUGCAUGCUGGAACAGCUGGAACUGGUGGAUCUUGAGGGGAAUGAUGUAGAUGACAUGGUUCAAGUGCAAUACCUGGGUCUGUGUGGGAAGUUAAAAAACCUGACACUGGAGGGAAACCCUGUAUGCACUUGCCCCAAUCCAGGAACAUCACAGGUGACUGGGUACAACUAUAGGUCUGCUGUGAGGAAGCUAAUUCCACACCUUCAGAUCCUGGAUGAUGUUCCAGCAGAGGACGAAGAGCCUCGCUACUCCAGCACUAUGAUGGAGGAGAUGGCUCUGCUUAAAAAGUCUAUUAAAGACACUUCUGCCAUUACAGAUGGUGCCGGUGACUGUCUGGAUCUCAUGGAGUUAAGAGGUGCGAGUGAGUGUAACUUGUCACGGCCCGGGUCUGCCCAGCUCCCAGGCACCAGAGUGGGAUACUGCAGUCCUCUUAGUCGCCCCGGCACUGCCAGGCCACCUUCAUCCUCCAUCAGCUCUAGACCGAGCUCAGCUGAUUCGGAUGCAGAUACUCCAAGCUACGAGGCCAGUGAUUUGACACAUGGGGUGGGAAGAGUUCUCUUUUGUGGGAAUCCUCUUUUGGCCAUUCGGGCACGACGACAGAAAAUGCUUCAAGGCCCUAGCUCUCACUCCAGACCCUGUACUCAGCUAGGUAGUUAUAUCCCUGAACACACGCAUGAUGUUGAAGAAACAAGCAGUCAGGACCACAGUGAUGUGUUUGCUGAACUCAGAGCCUGGAGGAAAGAACAUAACAAACGUCUUUUGGCUAUCGAGAGAGACUGUCAGCCACAGGUGAUGAGAAUCGUGCAUAGUUAUGAUGAUGAUGAUGAUGAUGAUGAUGAUGAUGAUAAAGACAGCAGUAAUGAAUAUGAUGAAGGAGCCCACAGUCUUGGCCUCAUCAGUGACAGAGAAGAUGAAGACGAAAUGCAAGAAGGAGAAAAGACUGACUGCAGAGAUACUCAGUCUCCUGAUUCUUCAUUCCAGUCUCCAUCACCAGAUGUAUCCAGGCUCUCAUCUUUAUCAGACCACACAGUAUCUCCGUCUCCACCACCCAGAGCUGUAGCGCCCUCUACUUGCAAGAGGAUAACAGAGUUUCGAGCCCGCAGACUUAAAAUCAUUAACAUGGGGGAUGGAAUGGGAAAACUGUCCUCGGACACCAUUACAUCAGAUGUAACAGCAUUAAGAGAUAAGAGCCAUACAGUUGUGUGUCCUGGUGCUUUGCAAAUGCAACCUGCCCCACCUCAGAUCCCUUAUAAGCCUCAUAGACCAGGCUCUUGCGCUGUGAUCACUUCUCAAAGAGAGCACUGUUCAGGAUCUAGUCCAUCCAGCACUGAGCACAGGCCAUUCAUUUGCUCAGUGUUGCCUGAGAGGCCAAAACACACACGUCCUCAUACAGCGAGAGCUGCUCUGCAGAGACCUCCUGUCAUUCCUGGUAAAGCAAGUGGCCAAAUGGACUGAAACAUUCUGCUUCUCAGAUACUGUGGACUGCUUGUAUCUCUAUGGAGGACAUUUUAAGGCAAGAGUGUGUGGGCUGAAUGAUGAAAGGAUGGAAGUUCCAAGGUUAAGAGUAAUGUUCUCUCCCAAUCCACCAGUCAGGCUUAGUGGCUUACAGCCUUGAGAUGCCAUGGAUAAGUGGACAGUUUUGAAGAUGAUGAAGAUGAUGAUGUUUUAGGCCUCUUGCUCAUUUCCAAAGAAAUUAGCAAGAAGCUAAUCAUGCUGUUAAUUUUCCACCUGCCAUAAAGUCAGAAAAGACACUUUUAUUAAUAUUUUAUAAACCACUAGGGGAUGCUCUUUGGAAGUCAACACACCACAUUUCAAGGGAUAAUUUCUUGACAGACAAAAGAUUGAAAGACAAAAUACUGAGGGAGUGUUAUUUAUUAAUUCAAUUAAUAAAUAUCAAUGUAAUAGUUUAGAAAUAUGCCACAGAUGAGAAAUAAUUUGCACUGCUUUCGUCAUUGUAAAAUAUUAACAUAUUUAAUAUUGGCUUCAUACAUUAGAACUUUAUUUCUUCCGUAAUAUGUACUAGGGAAGAGAACAAAAAAAGAACUGGCAGCAGCUUCAAAUAUUUUAGUAUACAAUAUGUAUAAAAAAUAUUAAGAAAAAAAAAGAAGAGAACAAAGAAUCAUCAUUAGAAGAAAAAGAACAAAAAGCUUUAUUUAUACAUCAUUUUCUUCUUCAGUCCAAAAGAAAAUUGAAUGAGCCUAGCCUCAAAAAGUUUAGGUUGGUUAUUCAAGACACAUUAUUUAUGAUAAACACAUAAAUUAUAAUGAGAACCAUAUGCUAUUCUACACUACAUGGUCAAAAGUUUGUGAACAACUGACCAUCUCACUCAGGUUUUAAACUAGAUUUUGGAGCCUGGCUGUUGAUUUGUCAUCAUUCAGCCACAAAAGCACUAGUGAGCUUGUGUGAAGAGGUUUAGGGAGCCAUUGGUGUUCCAGUUCAUCCAAAAGAAAAGACACACACACACACACACACACAUAUAUAUAUAUAUAUAUG